GAAUUCAAGAAGGCGACAGCAAAGCGUGCUCGGCAUGAGAAAGGAUUUUAUAGAAGCGUAGAGCGUGGUACAGCAAUAAAAGCGGAGCGAAUACGGCCAAAACAAGAAAAAGUUAAGAAGGACAAGCUGUAUCCUAUUGAAGUAAGUACAUGUCCUAAUUUCGUUUAUAGUGAAGUUUCGUUGCAUUCUCAUCUGAAUAUAAAUAUCCACAUUUCCUAAACACUAUAUUAACUUGUUUUUAUAGAUUAUUGACAGAGACAAGUGUUCCAAUAAAGUAAAAAUCCAUUACACAGGAUACUCUAGUGAGUUUGAUGAGUGGAGAGAUGCUACUGAAGUAUCUAAUGGCGAACAAUCUAGGAAGUUUGGUCGUUUAACACAACGCUUUGAGCCAAGUGUUGACUCUUUGCCAGAUAGGGCUUCAGCCUUCUUUUAUACCUUAGGAAAGACGGUUAAAGCGUCGUUGUAUUCCAGCAAGCGAGAGUCACCCGAUAUACGAAUCGAAGAACGAAUUGAUGCGGACAUUUACAACAACUAUCUUCAGAAUAUUGGUGUGGUGAAGAAAUUCAGGGGCAAAAAUGUGCAUGCAUUAAAUAAUGACAGUGACAUGUGUCAAAUUUUGGGGAGCAAAUGGUUUGAAAGAAUCAUCAAUGUCAAUGGAGACUUCUGCUAUGUUGUUCGGGAUACCGUGAGGUUCUGGUUGAACGAGAAAAAAACAGUGAAGGAAUUUUUUUAUGUUGGGGAGCACCUUUUCGAGAACCACAUUGGAAAUGACUUGCAGCUUAUAUUUACUUUUGUUCGUGGAGAUGGUGUAAGGACUGAGUACAAAACAAAUGACUGGAAAUAAGCACUCAACAAGUAUUUAAUUAUAUAUUUUGUUCUGUUAAAAAUUGUACUGCUUGUUGUAAGUGCUUGCACCAUUCACAAUUCAUCCCUAGCACUAUUCCGUUGACAAAUAUAAUUGUCUAGUGUUAAAUAACAAAGUGCAUUGCAGCUCAAAUAGAUGCAAGUACUCACAGCAAGCUUGACUGUUGUGCACUAAUCAAUUGAAAGCUGGGACCCUGGCAUAUGCCUGGUAGCAAACGGUUUUAUUAACCCAUUUUCUGCCAAUGGCCUAAAAACUGAAGGAUAUAAUUGUCUGGCAUUAGUAUAAAUAAAAUACCAAAGUAGGGUAAAUUUGGGAACAUUGCCAGAUAAUGGGUUAAGCAUCAACAUUUUGAUACCUGUGGCUUUAAAGGACAUUGGCAACCAAAAUUUUUAUUGCUUAUAUCUAUUAGGUAUGCUUACGGAAUACUUAAUUUUAUAUUUUGGCCGGUUUGUCGCAUUUAGUUGUUGAGAAAAUGUAAUAAAAAGUUCAACAGUAGUCCGCCAUUUUGAAAAUAAACACUUGUGCCACAGCAUACAUUAUCUGACGUCAUUAGAUGGGUAAACACAAUUUCAUGACUAUAAAACAAUACCGAGUAUUACCACGCGUAGUGCACUUUGAGCCUAAACGAAGGGCAGAAACGUUUUACCAAGUAUGUUCCUUAUUUGUAACACUAUUUCUGAUAGUAUAUCAGUCCUAGUCCGUGUUAAAUAAACGCAGUAAUUCGAAUGUAAACAAGGCAAACACUAAUGCAAUAUUUUAUGAUCAAUUACCUGUAUUGUAAAUUGCGCCAUUCCUUGCUUUCCCAGUCGCUCGAUAUGUUUUUAUCUGAUAGUGUAGGCUUCUCUUGUUUGAUUGCGAAAAGUAUUGGCCAGUAUAACGCUCAAAACGACAUAUUUUUGGCUAACACGACACGCACGCAAUAGAAUUAUCACUUGUAGUUUUGGUGCUACCCAUCUAAUGACGUCACAAAAUUCGUUGACCUUCGAAGGUCAUUUUUUCCAAGAUGGCGGCGACACACAAAGUUUGCAUGCAUUUUACUCCUAGAGUAAAAUGUUCGAGAAGGAAAUGAUAAUAUUUUCAUAGUUAGGUUGUCAAGUAGGAUUGAAAUAGCCAAUAAAAAUUUUCGUUGCCAAUGUCCUUUAAUAGGCACAAUGCUUGCGGUCAGUAUCAUAUCUGUAUGGCAAAAUGUGUCACUUCGCCGCCCUUAUUAGCCUGCACCGUAGAAGGACAUACACUUCUUUGGAAAAUUGGAAAUCAAAAAUCUGCUCCAUUUUUGAACGUACUUUUUUAUUAAAAAAUUUACCGGUCACGCAUGUCCGCCAGGCGACGAUAUUUUCCGGUCAAACUGUGAAAUUUUACCGGUCAGUGACCGGUGACCGGCACUUAUUUCGAGGCCUGCUGUGUAACUAAGCUGUAACUGCAAUAAUUUCCUAUAGCCAUGCAUGAAAGCAUUGGUAUGGGCUGUAAAUUAAACUAAAUAUUAUACCUCAAAUUCAAAUUGUCCAAUCAAAAAACAGCGUUUGUACCACGUCACAAUGUGAUUUUUUACGAUAUUUUACUCAAAUUCAUGAUUUUGCAAUGCAGCAUGAGAUACUAUAAUAUCCCACGGUAGAUCCACCGUGGGAUAUUAUAGCAUCACACGCGUGGACACCACGUUCUGAAACAAUAUGGCGUUCGCGAGCUGUUGUUUGUAAUUUCGUACAGAAGUUUUAUUGAUUUAAGUUAAGCAAAGAUUUUCAAGACGUAUGUUACCUUCAAUGCAUGAUCAAAGGAUACAUGCUCAAAUAUUUUGAAGAGAAAACGUCAAAAACUCAGGUAUACAUAAGAAAUUAAAUUCAAGUUUUAAUUAAAGUUUAUUCUGAAUUUGGUUGGUUCUUUAACUUUCGGUAUAAUUUAUCAUUUAUAGACCCUCCGCUCGGGGGAUUCAUCUGAAUAUUACCCUCAGUGAUGAUAUUUCCCUCAGAGCAAAGCCCCUCGGGAAAUAUCAUCACUUCGCGUAAUAUUCCACCGAAUCCCCCUCGCUCCGGGUCUAUAAAUAUUGCAUGAAAUUUGGUUCCGAUAUUGGAAUGGUCUGAACUAGCCGUAAAUUAAUGAUCAUUGCAUGCAAGGUUGAAAUACUGUUUAUUUCUCCUUUUUUAUGUGACACAGCCAGUGGCUUAACCAAAUUAUUAGUUUUGAAAGAAGUAAAUUAUUAGCUUUGAAGCUACAGUAGUUUUUUUUUGUAUUGUUCAGGUGGUUCAACCUUCUUCAGUAUCAAGCAGUCUUAAGCGUGCCUACGUGAUUUUCAAAGCCGAGAAACGAUCGACUUGACCGUUGCAUAUUUGUGUAAUUGUUACAUUACCAUUAGAUACAAUAAUCAAUCAUGUGUUUCACAGAUAUAUCAGGCAAUAUACACAUAGUUACUUGAAACAAAUUUAUUUAGUAUUUUUACCCAAGUGAACAUAACAAAUCCUACACGUUGAUUGGUCAAGUUUGACGUAAUAAGCUGUUAUAUUCACCUGUAGGUGAAUAUAACAAAACAGAAAUUUUCAAAAUGGCGGCUAACCCGUUUUGUGGAAGUUUACUGACAAAGAAAUAAGCGAAAUUAAAAUAAAUUCAGUCUCAAAAACACAAAAGCUUGUGUAAAAAUACUAAAACAAUUAUAUUCCCCGAUAAUUACUCGCCUUCGGCAAAUAAUUGUUAAAUUUUGUGUGAAAUCUCAGGUACAAUUGCGCGGUCCCUUUCUACGUGCAACUUUUAGUCAACGCUCUGCCGAAAGCCGUGAGUUACCUCCGGGUACUCCCACAGGGAAAGUUGACAGGGUGGGUUAGGUAAAAGGGCCCACAUUAAUUGGCAUAUGCUGUUGUGGUGACCCUGUCCCAGUUGGCAAAGCUAAAUAAAAAAAUUAUUAUAGUACUGGUUAGGUCUAAUAUAUAAACGUAUAUAAAUUUACACUCGAUAAUUUCCAUCUACUGUACAAGACCCUUUAUUUAUUAUAUAUGUAGUGUGCCACUUUCCCAAACCAAGCACAAAAGAGCACAUGCGUUCAGCAGCAUGAAAAUUGUUCGACCCCCCACCGCGGUUCCGAGAUCUGACUUUACUUAGUGUUAAUUUAUGUUUAUUAUUUUCUAGAUCGAGGACAGGUUCUCAGCAUGUAUGAAAGACGCUUACCAGAGUCAAUACAUGGAUCCAGAAUUCAAACACGUGACUGAAGCUUGGGACACAUUUCAAGACAGGGUAAGGCCAUGCAUCACUGACUGGAUCGGCUUUGAACCGCGGGAGAAGGCCUAGCGAAAUUCGUUAACUUGGUCUUAGCCCUACAUUCGUAAAGUAACUUUACCCGAACUGCCAGUAUACAUACAUGUAUUUCCUUCCAAAUCGAAAUAUAUUCAUUCAUUCUUCAUCCCAAAGGCAUAAAAUUAUACUUUUACAUUAAUCAGGGUUCGUACGGGUCCUGGAAAACCUGGAAAGUCAUGGAAUUUCAAUAUUCCAAAAUCCAGGCCUGGAAAUCCUGGAAAAUCAAUUUUAGUCAUAGAAAGUCAUGGAAUUACAUAACAUUAACAAAGUAUUUUACUUCGUUCAAUUUACCAUGCAGUCAUAACAAUAAUAUGAAUUGUUGUUAUAUAAUGGAUUUUUGCAAGAGCGAAGUGAAUUUUGUUCUUUUAUUAUAUCUGUUAUCGUUAAAAUAUUAACAAAUUUCAGAGAUUCCAGACUUCCAGGUCAUGGAUUUUGAAAAAUAUGGUCAUGGGAAGUCAUGGAAAAGUCAUGGAAUUUUAAAUGGGAGAAGGUGUACGAACCCUGAUUAAUGUAAAUAUGUAGAAUCGCGGCGAAAAUGGCCCCAGAUUUGCGAAUUCUGCUAGGCCUUCUCGCUUCCCGUUUCUCCCCAGCGCGCCUGAUCUUACAUAGAGCGUCCAGUUAUAUAUUCAUUUCGAUGGUUCAAAUAGAUCAUACUGCAGUAGGUCUCGACCAAUGAAAAGUAGAUUGAACUGAAAUUAAUCAGUUAUAAAUAUUUUCCGUCUUUUAGUUUGAUUGCUGUGGUGUGGAUGAUCCGUUAGACUAUCUCACAAACAACAAAAUAAAUGCUGCUCCCAAAUCUUGUGGUGGAACGAAAGCAGAUGCGGUUGGGAGA